AUGGCUUCCCCUUCUCGCCUCGUCCCAGUAUUUCGUCCAGUUUUACUUCGUGCUCGAUUCGAAUCGUCGACAGCCCCCCCACCCAAUUCUGACGACAAGGCCGCCUGGAAGGCUGCAAGGGAGCGUGCCGACGAUUUAAUCAGAGACUGGGAUGCCAAAAUCAUAACUUACGAAGAGUUGAAGCCGAAAACACAGAGCCCAAGUCCUAACGCCUACCUCAUUGAUGUUCGCGAACCAGACGAGGCCGCGCAAGGCAUGAUCCCCUCUGCCGUCAACAUACCACUGACCGUCCUGGGAGAUGCCCUGCACAUGUCUCCAGAAGACUUUUCGACAAAAUUCGGCUUCAAGAAACCUGGAGCACGACAAGAAGUUACCUUUUACUGUCGAAGUGGGAAGCGGAGUACCACAGCUAGCGAUGUCGCGAAGCGAAACGGAUAUACCAAUAUCCUCAACUUCAAAGGGUCAUGGCUUGAUUGGGUAGAAAGGGAAACAAACAAGUAG